UAAACAGCAGAGAAUUCUCCCACAAGGAAGCUCUGUUACUACCUUUCUCAUUAAGCAUCCGUGACUACCGUAUUCCCCAAUUUAUUAGAUAAAGUUUUCAAGACACAAAAUUACUUUUUAUUGGACAUUAUGAAUAAAUAAAUAAAGGUGAGAUACCCACUUCAAAGAAAUGGUAACGUGUCUUUUUCUUUAAGCGAGACGAUCCAAUCUAAGCAAACAAAGUUGUCUUUAUAUCUAAAGAACCAUUUUGUGAAAGAAAGAGAGAGUAAGGUGAAUCCAUGGCGUCCAAGAUUGUCUCCGCCAUAGUCUUUGUGUUUAACCUCAUUGCCUUUGGUUUAGCCGUUGCUGCUGAACAAAGACGAAGCACUGCAAGGGUUGUGCAGGACACUGAGGUGCAAUACAACUAUUGUGUGUAUGAUUCAGACAGAGCCACAGGGUAUGGAGUUGGAGCUUUUUUGUUCUCAGUGGUUAGUCAAUUAGUUAUCAUGCUCGCUAGCCGAUGCUUCUGCUGUGGAAAGCCUCUCAAGCCUGGAGGUUCACGCGCUCUUGCCCUCGUUCUCUUCAUUGUUAGCUGGAUAUUCUUCUUGAUAGCAGAGAUAUGUCUAUUAGCUGGAUCGGUAGAAAAUGCAUACCACACAAAGUACAGGACAAUGUUCAUGGACAAUCCUCCUGAUUGUCAAACUCUACGUAAGGGCGUCUUUGCCGCCGGCGCCUCAUUCGUCUUCUUCAACGCCAUUGUCUCUCAGUUCUACUAUUUCUUCUAUUCCUCUGCUGCCGAGGCCUCCCUUUCACCUUACUAGAGGUUCUUAACCAACAAAUAAGUUCUUUGUUUUUUUCUCUAAAUGUGAUAUGCUAAUAUCAUAUUUUGGGGUGGUUUUUUAUGUAUGACUGCAAAAUUAUUUGAAAAUGAUGGUACAACUAUGAGUUUUGUAGAUUGAUUGGUAUGGUUACUGAGUUGAAAUGUUGUUUUAAAAAAAGUGGAUGUAAUUUGACGAUUUGUGACACAUGAUAUACUGCUCUUAUUCAUUGAAUAAGGUUUGAUUUGAGCUA